CCACCCCACCCACCAACCGAGUCGGUCGCCGACGCGUCGCCAACGGAAACUUCUCAAAGCGCCGACGGGUUCCACCGCGCCCGUAAUUUCAAGGGAAGCCGUCCCCACCGCCGCAGCGGCCGCCUCCUCACGGACCCCGAAGGCCGCGGUGCCUCCCGCCCCGCCCCUCGCCGGCGACCAUCGGCCGCCGGCGACGCCCGGCAUGCCGCCCUCCCGCCUCGUCCACCUCAUCCUCCUCGCCACGCUCUCGCUCCUCCUCGCGCAAACCCUAGCCACCUCUUCCCCCACGCCCGCCGCCGCGUCGGCGGCGGCGGAGGCGGAGUCCGGCGACCCCUGCGCGGCCGCCGUCGCGGACGGGGACGGAGACGUCCCGCUGUGCCCGGUGCGGUGCUUCCGCCCGGACCCGGUCUGCGGCGCCGACGGGGUCACGUACUGGUGCGGCUGCCCCGAGGCGACCUGCGCGGGGGCCCGCGUGGCGCGCCGCGGCUACUGCGAGGUCGGCGCCGGCUCCGCGCCCGUCUCGGGCCAGGCGCUGCUGCUCGUCCACAUCGUCUGGCUCUUCGUGCUCGGCGCCGCCGUCCUCCUCGGCUUCCUCUGAUGCGCACGCCAUCUUCCCUCCCGCUCCCGCAGGUGUAUUCCCCCUCCCCGUAACCAUUGUCCCGAUCUUCUGUUGGCUCUUGCCUUCUUGGUGUGCUGUUGAGGCUGAGGAAUGGUGAUGUGACGAUUUCGUUGUAAUUUUGAGAGGAUUCGUCUAGAGAUGUAACUCAGUUCUUUCUCAGAUCUGUUGGGUUCAGCUUUGCUUUACAUUUCGGAGCAGAGUUGUGAUGAUUGGUUGCCAAAUGUUGUAGGUUGAGAUCAUGUAAACAGUUGUAAAUUCUUUGCUAACAAAUCGCAUUGAUCAGAUUGUUGCUGUCCAGAAAUUUGGGAUUGAUGAUGGCAAAUUGAAUUU